AACUAGUUGUACUGUAGAGUAAAGAGCUGAUUGUUCAGGUACUCGUAGAAAAGACAGCUGUAUUUUAAUUUCUUGAAUGUGUCAACUGAACAUAAAUUUACCUGUGCAUAAUUCUUUGUCAUACCCAUAACGAGUGUUACCUGUAAUUAAUAGGUUAAAAGGUGACCUAUGUCUGUCUCUAUGACAUUAUUGAUGGCCAGGUAAUAUAGAUGGUAAAUGGUGAAUUCUCGUCUAACUCUGUGUGUCUGUGAUACAGUAGUCGGUCAAUAUACCCAAAGACAAACAAGUGAGAGAGAGAAGAUUUAUUUCUGUGAACAAACAGAGGAAAACGUUCAGUUUACCUGGAUAGACAGAAACUUAAACAACAUGAAGCUGAAGUCCUAACAUUUUUGGAUUAGAUUUUUGGAUUUUAUUUCACUAUUCAUGGGGAUUUGUGAUUUUAUUUUUAAAUGAUUAUUAAUGUAUGUGAUAUCAGUUUGGAUAAAGAAAUAGGAUAUUCGUUGGGAAUAGAUUUACUAAUUAAACAAUUAAUUAAUUUAAGACAACCUCCAUGUUGAUGAGGUGCUUGUAAGUUUAUGCCUUAAAGUUUAUCUCAGUGUUAUGUUUGUGACAUUGAGUUAGGAAGACCAUUUUGGAUUUAAAGGAGAGAGUGGUGGUGUGUGGUGUACAGACCUAGAGAAAGGUUAAUUAGUUUGAGUGAUCACCUUAGAUAUUAUCUACACAUACAAAACACCCACUAGCUACACUAAAUACCUGACCUAUAUUUCACAAGGAAAAGAGCAACUAAUAGUGAAAUUGUCCAGGUGACAUUUGAAUUUGUUUUGUUUAUGGAUGAGAAUUUUGUGUUAUAGGUAGUUUAAAUUUAAGGAUAGAUUUAUCAUGAUUCUUACAGCUCCAUUAUAUGCAUCGCACAUGGUGCAGAAUCAGAUGACCCCAACCUACACAUUUCCACAGCCUGGCUUGGAAGAAUAUCACCACCAGGUGGCCUCACAAGCAACAACGACAACAGUUGAUACCACACAGAACCCUAUCUACGCUACGCCUGCUGCCAUGCCUGUAGCGCCACCCAGUGGAGCUGUUGAGCAGCAGACGGUAAGACCAAGACCAGUACAUCAAACCGAAGUUGCAGAGGGAGAAACAAAUGUUCAGAGUCCUUCACCAGCUGGAACUCAAGCUUCAAACAGUGGUCCUAAACGACUUCAUAUAUCCAAUAUACCAUUCAGAUUUAGAGAAGCAGAUUUACGACAAUUACUGGGGGUAGAAUUUGGUACAAUUUUAGAUGUAGAAAUUAUAUUUAACGAACGAGGGUCUAAGGGAUUCGGUUUCGUAACUUUCGCAAAUAGCGCAGAUGCAGACCUAGCACGUGAAAAACUCAACGGCACAGUGGUUGAGGGAAGAAAAAUUGAGGUCAAUAAUGCCACUGCCCGAGUUAUGACCAAAAAAGCUGCUGCACCCACUAUACCCAAUGUACCUCUACCUGCUGCUGCAUUAAGGGGCGUGGCCUUAACUCGAGGACGAGCUGCAGCAGCUGUUGCUGCAAGAGGAGCUUACUCUGCAGCAGCAGCGGCAGCUGCAGCAGUAGCAAUGCGACACCCAACACCAUUAGCUGCUGCAGCCCCAUUACAGUACGCACCAGGUGGUAUUUAUCAGGAUCCAUUUCUUGCCACUUAUGAUGCUGCUACUGCUCGAUAUCAGUUGGUUACAACUCAGCCUUAUGCAGCUGCUGCUGGUUUCCCAGCUGCAAGAUAUGCUAUACCAACCAUGGCUACAGCUGCACAAAUUGGUCGAGGUGUAGAUUAUACUACCGACCCCUUCCUAGGACACAGUAUUGGACCAGUUGCCGGUUAUGGGGCAACUGUUUAUCGUGGAGGCUAUCAACGAUUUGCACCUUACUAAAUGAAAAGCUACAUGAGAGCGUGCACAUCCACAGCGCAGGGAUACAAGAACUCUUAGCUGAUCACAUGUUUAACGUGUGACCAUGUGUAAAUAAAGAAAAAUUUAAAACAACAGCCAGAUUUGGGACAGAGCAGAUUUUACUGAAAGACAUCUUGGAUUUUAGCCUGUUAAUGGUGUAUUUCCAGGAAUUGAAAUGUUUUAAAUUGUUCGGGGUUUCUGUUCCCAAAAUGCUGCGUGCUACACUUGCUUACAUUGUAUACAAAUCUUUUUUAUCUCCUGAACAUUUUGUGUUCCAAGGGAGAGAACUGUAAAAACAAUACUCAUGCUGUUAGCUUUAUUUUCAUUAUUUCUAGUCAGAUUGUACAUGAAAAUUUUACCUCUUAUGUUGAUAGUAUAUAUUUAUCAAGUAUGAUACGAAGAUCUUAUGUAUGUACGACUCGUGGAUUUCAAUUUUUUGUUAAGUGCAAAAUGUUAAUGAUGAUAAUAGCGAAACAUUUGCGUUCCUUGAAUUAAAAUCUCAAACAAACGAGGCAUUUGCUUCUUGUACAUAGCUAUUGUAAUCACUUUCUUCCAAAAAACACAAAAUCAAUGAAAUUUUUGGGAUUUUAAUUUGAUGAAGUCAAGUGUUGAUUUUAUUGUCACUUAUAUAGUGAUAUAUUGAUUAUAAAAUUCUGAUGUUACAUGAAUUUUUAAGCAGAUGUUUUUGCUCGGUUCAACCUAAUAUUUUGAUGUUGACUAAAAAAGCUUUAAAUAACAGGUUUGUUGAUUGGAUGGGUUGAUAGCAUUUAUCCAAUCAGAUUAAUCAGUUCUUGUUUGAAAAUCCUUCUCUUGAAAUCCUCAGUCUGAGCUAUAAAAUUAUCUAAGUCCCCCAUUCAUGUCAUUUGUUUAUACUUUCAUUUGAACAUGAUUCAUUCUGACUUGAUUAAACUUCAAUACUGUGCAAUUUUCUUUAAUUUAAAACAUUUUUGAUAAGGUCUUACAGCUUCCAAAUUUCAACUCAAAUACUCACACUAUAUUUAAAACACUCUGUAAUUUGAUAUUUUAUCCUGUCAGAAUGUUCAUGCUGUCAUAUCAUUGGCCAGUGGAAUUAGAAAUGGCUUUUUUUAAAGCUGUUGUUUAAUUGGAUGGUAGUUUAGUGGCUACAGCCAAUCUGAAUUCUCAGUCUUAGAUUUAUAUACUCAUUAGGAUUGAAUAUUUGACGGUAGUUAAGUACAUUAUUACGCUUUUUGUUAUGUUUUUUUUUUCUUUUGAAAUUACACGUCAUAUUUAUUUCAUGUCAUAUUUACACUCUCAUGGAUUAACUUGAGAUUUUAAAAAGGUUAGUCAUUCAUCAAAAACUGAGUAAAAUAUUUCCGAAUUUUUAAAACUUUCCAGGACAAAUUGAAGGUUUUUGGUUUAUUUUUUUUAAUUAAGGUAUAUCAAAACUGGAAUAAAAGUUUUUCUGUGGCUGAAAGAGAGUGUGACAGAUUGUAAUUAAUUGUUAGAAUUCUCCCAAGACAUUUAUGGUGCUAAAAAAUUGUUUGUGUUUUUUUAUAGGACUUGUCUGAGAGUCUUUGUCUUCGAUAACAUGGCUGCCAGUCAUACAAUUUUGUACUCAUUUUAAUCUGAAAUAUUACUAAUUAUUGUGCCAUCUGUUUCAAAUUAACAACUGUAAAUAAAAUUCUUCUGGUUUUCAAAAUAUACUGAAAAAUGUUAGGUGCUCAUUUUGGAUUGCAAACAAUUUCUCAUCAUACACAAACUUGGGUAUAAUUUGGAUUUAUAAUUAGAAUGCCAUUCAAAGAAUUUAUUGUUCAUCUUAUAAUUUAGAGUUCAGUCAUAAACUGAUUUAGAAUAGGUUCCUAAUUUUGAAACCCAUCAGUACUGGCAGCCUAUUAGCAUUACAAUAUCAUGAUGCCCUUGUGUUUUGUCAUACUAUAAUAAAUAAUUAACAUAACAAGAAAAUGUAGAAGCAUUUUCCUUGCCAAAAUUGUCUUGCCCUCACUGAUCAAAUUAUGGUACAUCUUCUAUGUUGUCAGAGAUCUGAUUUUUUUAAGUUGUGUUUUUAACCUUAGGUACUGAAGAUGUAUUUUUGUUAGUUUUCUGGAUUCAUUUCUGUUGUUUUAACUAGUUUCCGAAGCCUAUUACGGAAUGCAUAUUUUAUCAUGGUUCAUUGUUGAUUUUUGACAUUGAAUUCAUUCCAUAAUAGGAUUUUCUGCUGUCAUAUUUUUCUCAAACCAUUGAAAACUCGAGCGAUAAAAAAUACUAGUCUUAUUUUUUCCAUAAAUAAUUUUCAUUAUGUUGUUGAUUCACUGUUUUCUUAGUUCAUAUAUUUUUGAUUAAUUGAAAUAAUUAACAUUAGAAUGCACUUAUAAUUGAAAGGCUUUGAACCUAAGAUUUCAAGUGCAUUUUUAAAGAUCUCCAAACAUGAGUAUUGGUGACCAAAGUUUCUUUGAGGCUAGUGGGAAUGCAAAUUAAAAAGGUUUAAUAUCUUGUUUGUCAUUGGAGAUCUUAAAAUGUUAAAAUAUGUAUGUACAUGUAGUAACUCAUUUGACUUCUAUGUCAUUUUCUUUUUGUCAUUAUUUAUUUUUAAAUGUUUUUUUUCCCUUAUGUCUGUGAGGCAGAUAUGUUAUUGAAUAAAUCAAAAAGUUAAUUUAUUACAUUAAAAAAAUAAGAACAAAUGCUGUAUUGUACCUGUUGUCUUUUAUAAAUUUGUUUUUGAGUGAAUGAAGCCAGAUUUGAAAAUAAAUCUUGGUCAGUAUCAUAGAAAUUGGAUGAUAUUGUUUGGGAAGAAAAAUAGAGGUGAAGGGGAGAGAAAUUGUACAAGUGGGGUUGGGGUGUAUUUAUACUCCCUGUGCCAGAUUCAUAUUACAAAUAAUUUCUGCAAAUUGCUAACAUUAAUUUUAAUUUAAUUCUGAUGAGGUAAUCUUUUUUACUGAAUAUCACCCCCACCCUCCAAGUGGCAUCAUUGCUCUCAAAUUGUAAGGGUUUUUUUUUCUUUUUGUCUCAUAAUAUUUUCUUCCCAUCAAUAGGUGUCCAAUUUCGCCAUAAUUUUUUGUCAUACUGAAACUUGUUUUUGUUAGAUUUUUUGUAUGUUUCUUUUGUGAGUUUUUCACAUAUGGUGCAAAUUAAUUUUAAUUUUUGAAUCUGGUCAAAUAUUAGUUACAUAUAUAGUUGCAUAGAUCUGGAAUGCUAGAUGAAAUAAAUGAAUGGUUGCCAUAUUUUAAAAAAGAAUUUCAAAUUUAGUAAAUGUGGAUUGAGGAUCAAAAUUUAAAUAAAAAGUAACCAUUUUAACAAAUUAUAAUUUUGCCCAUUGAUGCAGAUGAUCCAAUUAAAAUGCAAAAUGAGGCAUGAAAUAAAAUCUGUGGCUAUAACCUUCAUAUGGCUUGGAACAAAAUUUAUCAGGUGCUCUUUUAGACCGUCACAUGAUCUUGUAUAAUCCAGUAAUUUGUAGUUGAAUUAAUCUGUAGUUCUCUUGCCUCAUUUGGUGCUUCAUGAAUCCUGAAUCUCUCCCCUUUUUGAAAAGAAUUCUGAAUGUUUGUUUUGUUAACCAGAAAUCUACACAAUUUUACAGCAUUUGAAUAUUUUAAUUGUUAAUGUAUUGUAAAGUAUAUAGAUUUGAAAUGUAUAUGUUUGUACCGUUUUCGACUGAACCCUGUGCUGUUGCCCGUGAAUGAUGGAUUCAAGGGAAAUUAUAUCAACCUUUUCUUUCCCUGUAUUCUGAAAUUAUUAUCAGGUCUGCAUUCAUUUAAAUCUGAAUUCAACCUACUCAAAAGUGGAGAAAUUUGCUUUAUUUUGAUUUCAUAAAAUAUGCAUAACUGAGAUUUCCUUUGCUUCUUAUCAGUCGAAAACGGUAUUUAUGAUUAUUAUUCUGUGCACAAGCACAUACUAAUGUUCUUCCAUUAUCAGCUUCAGCUGAAUGCAUGUUCUCCUACAAUGGCAUGAAUAGCAUCGUGUCAUUUUUGAUUAAUCUGGUUAUUUCCGUUGAAUAGUCUUGAUUAUCUAGUCGUAAAUACACAAUUUGUUUAAAAAAGACAAAAUAAACUGUCGUAGAAAUAUAAUGAUUUCCCUUAUAUUUGCAAUGAUUACUCAUAUCUUUAUUAUACCUCAUAGAUUUUUAGUAUCUAAAAUAUAUCUAGUCUUUAGAUUCUAACACAAUAAGAAUCUUCUUGAAUACAGUAAAAUUACUAUUAUUAACUCCCUUAUUAGGCAAAAGUGUGAAACCAUGUACAAUACUCAGAGAGUUUCGUGGUGGAAAAGAAUGUUUUUAAAGACUUAUUAAAUUGAAAUAACCAGAUUGGUAAAAAAACAAAGGAUGUUUUUGAUGUACAGAAGAUACCCAAUGAAAGGCAACAUGAGAUGAUCUUAGUCAAUAGAAUUGUGUUAUAUGUGAAAUGAAUAGUGUUUUUAAGUCCUUACUUUCUGGCCAUGACACUUUGUCGUUUUAAAUUUAUAUAAAAUAUUUUCAUUAAAAAAAAUUGAAAAGCCAGUUAUAAUUUAGUUUUCAAAAUAUGUAACAAAAAUAGUUUAAAUUAUUGAAAAUGAAAUACUUGUAUUAAUAUGGAGAAUUACUUAAGAUUUGGCAAUUAAAUUAAGAUAAAUUAAUAUUUUGACAUUAAUAUGAUUAAAUAAAUCAAAAGUAAAAGAUACUGUCUUUAAAAACAUGCCAAGAAGGUAGCAUGGCCAUUAAGUUUAGAACUUAGUUAAUAUUUGUCUUGUAUUUUAAAUGUGGACUUGGAUCCGAACACAUGCAGGUCAUGCGAAUAAUUUUGUUGCAUGGGGUAUUGUACUGAUACAAUUAACGAGUGCUAAUAUGUCGGGAAUUGAGAAUUUUAAAAAUCAAAUCAAAUCAAAGUCGUUAGUAGCAUGAUGUGGAUCUAUUACGACAUGAAUUUUUUCAUCAUGCAUAUAUACAUAUUAUAUAAAUAUAUAUGUUUAUUUAUCUCUUAUAUAUAUAUAUAUAUGAAUAAAUAAACAUGAACAACAAGAUAUGUAGUUAUAUUGUUUCUGUCCUCAUAUAUAUGAAUAUUAAUCUCGUAGAUUAGGUGUAUCUAUAUUUGUAGUCAUAGUGAUUUCCAUAUUGAUGAACUGUCUGAUUUGAAACAUUCGAUUUAUUAAUAAUCAGCCUGUAGCAAAUAUCUUUUGACAUUUUGGCAAGAUUCUGAAAAAGUUUUAUUUGCUUUUCUAUGGAGUGUAAUUGAUAGAAAUAUAUGUAACAGCGUGCUAUUAUAAUCAAACCUAUCUAGUAACAAAAAGAAACCCUCACCCCCUAAAUAAAAAAAAAAAAAAAAAAAUUUGGUUCAGUUUUGAAAUCGAUUUUCUUAAUGAAUUGGUUUUGAUUGGUGGUCAAAAUGCAAGGAUUUUGCUACAGACAAACUUGUAAAUAAUUUAACCAAGGCGGUGUUUAUGAUUGUUUUUUUUUUUUUUGUUUGUUUGUUUGUUACUAUUUUUGACUUGCCAUGGUAAAAAGGGGAGAGAGAUUACUCUCAAUUAAUGCAUGAGGCAAACAUUUUCUGCAAUAACAACAGAAUUUCUCUCUUUGUAGAUUUGUAUUGUUAUUGGCUUAAAUCAAAAUUUAAUGGAAUUCAGCAGUGAAUUUCUAAGUUUGUGAUUAAUAAUUUAUUUGUUGUUAUGCCGGGAAAUGUUUGCCAUUAGAUAACUUCCCUUAUUUUCAGUGUUUGAGCAAUUUUGAGAUUUAGUAGUUAUUUUUGUCAAUUUUGCCGCUAAUGUUCUUUGUGCUUAUGUUUCUUAAUAUAUACUAGUAAUACAUUGACUUUGUCUGCACAUUUAAUCCAGGCCUCAUAGUCACAAAACAUAAUUGGACAAAACUGCAAUUUUACUCAUAUUUUGAUCCAAUUAUUGUUAGUUCCAUAUAAUUGAAUUGAUGAAAUACCAUCAAAAUUUUGUUCGUUUUUAAUUGCAAUACAAACAAGAAAUUUGCUAAAUAUUGAUUAGGUUGGCACUGAACUACCAGUUCACAAGAAAAGGGGGAGGGCCUUCAAAUUUAGUAAAUGGAACUUUGUCCUGGCAUGUUUUGUGACUUCAAUGGCCAAACAUACUAUACGUAGCUUAGCACCUAUUUGUGAUGUAAUAAACUGAUUAUCAACCAAUA